AGACGAGACGCCAUUACUUACGCACGUUACUACCACACAUCAACGUAUACGGCAAUUGAAUAGCGCAAAUCAGGGACGGGGAUUACCGCCGAUCCUAUAUAUCUCGGGAUCGGGGCAAGAUGUAACAGACCUAGGACCGGGCACUUAGACGUUUCGAUCAGACAAUGCAGCCAGUACGAUCCCAGCAAAGAGCCCCCGGGAGCUUCUCUCCCUUGCCCGGGAGUGUUUCUUCGGCCUCGACCGCCGCAGCCGCAGCCGCGUCUUCAUCUUCCUUAUUCUCUUCGCCAAACCCUUCCAGGCCUCAAAUACGUAGGAUAGAUACUUCCGAGAGCGACGAUACCAUAUCCCUCCCUAAGACGAGAGGCCCUCAGAGCCCCGUCACCACCGUCACUAGUCCCUCCUAUUCCAGCAGCCCGCACAAUUUCUCUCGUCCGACUAGACCCAGCAUCGAACUUCCUCAACCGAGAACUUCUUCUCCCUUGACCCUACCUCCCACUCGCGCCGGCCACGCGAGGAAACAUUCCCAGACUCAGGGUCACUUCGAGCCUACCUUGCCCUCUACGAGCACGUCCAACCUCUCCCACGUCGCUAUGGCCCAGGUCCAAGCCCAAGCUCAAGCCCAAGCACAGGCUCAGUCUCAGUCUCAACCCGCCGGCAGCCUCUCGGCAAGUCAGAUAGCCGCUCAGGCCGCCGUGAUGCAGCACCAACAGCAUAGCCGCCAUCGAUCGCAAACCGUACCAUUUCCUGGCAGCGACAGCCACGACUCCGCAAAAAGGCCUGGGCCCAAACCUGUUACUGGACAUCGCAGCCCGCCUAUGUUAAGCCUAACCGAGGCGAGCGCUCCGCGAGAUAACGGUUUCGGCGCUCAAGGAUAUCAUAACGGGCUGUUGGGGAGCCACGCCGCCGCUGCGACCGCCGCUGCCAACGUCGUCUUUCCGAGAUCGCCUCAACCUUCGCCCGGACUACCACCGCCUGACCAUCCCGCACCUGCGCCCCCGACCGUCCCAGAGAAGCCUGCGAAGGCGGAGAAGUCUAAAGUCAAGCUGUUUUCUAGGCCUAAGAAGAUAGAUACUAAAGGUGACGUGAAAGAACGGCCGUUGCCGAGUCCUGGAAAGAUCGGUUCUGCUCUGGCCUCUUUACAACGUGCCAACUUCAGCACAACUAGUCUCGCGGACUCGUCGUCUUUCUACAGCUUGGGAAACUCGUCCGCCGCGACUAUUCGACCGGUCGACUCGUUUGUGGAUAGGGAUAGUAAGGAAAAAGAUAAAGAGAAGAAACACCACUUUUUAUCGCGGCAGAAGCAUAAGCUGAGCAGCAAAGACGACUACCACCUCCCCCUAUCCUCUGCCGCUAGCAAUUCGCGGCCCGUCGACCCUAACGCGCCGUCGAGCCUUUACAAUUUUAACAUACCACCGAGCCCCGGUCCGAACAACAACAUAGGUAAAAGCGUCAGCGGGCUUGACCUUCGACACGGGGGACGCGCGUUGCGCGAUAAGAAGAAGGACGACAACGAAUCUUCCUACGGCACGGGUUCCGAAUGGCCAGGACCUGGCAGCUUCGGAUCAGCAGCCGCCGCUACGCACUCCUAUCUCUCCGAACCUAUCGAUUCGGGCAAAUACGGCCUUCACAAUAUGUCCUUGGAUGACGCCUGGCCGUAUCUGAGGGCUAAGCUACUAGUCAUAUUCGAAGGCGAAGACCUGCGAUUGCCGGUAGAGGAUUUCAACCGCGUCGUAAGCAUGCAUAUACAAUACUGCAUACAACGUCGCUCAGCACACAUCAUCGUCGACGACCUACGAGAUCUCCUUUCGACAGGUUUUGCUUCGCUCGACCACACGUUACGCAAGACUCCCGAGGACAGGCUGAUACCUUCGCUAGUAGAGCUCUGGAUCUUCACGUUUACCAGCAUUCUGCCCUAUAUGCAGGCGGUCUUCCUGCCGCUGGAUCUGGAAUUUUCUGGCAGCGGGACUCUGCUGACUCCCGAGCAGGCGCGGGACUUCUGGGGCGGAGUGAUAGCAGACUUGCCAACGGCGAACGCCCAUCCUAACGGGCCGAAUUUCGAAACCCACCUAUCCCCGGCGUCCAACGUCCUUGACGUGCGGCGGCUCGUGCUUAUAUCUUACCGAGAUUCUCUGAUCUUACCUAGGUAUGAGAAGCUCAAGACUAUAUUUUCGCGAUUAUCUCUCGAGCACCUGCCGUCAUCCCUCUCUUCGCUCGCGUUGGCGUCGCCGCCACUCUUGAACGACAGCGCCGCGUCUCUCUCUACUUCUCCGAGCGACGGAUUCUCGGGUCGUCCCGGCACGGCCAUGUCGCUGGACCCGAGCAUCGCGAGCUACAACUCCACCUCUACGACGGUCUUCGGCAACGACUCGAACCCGUCGCGAAGCCGAGCCAUCAGCAACGUCUCGUUCGGUAGCGGCGUAUCAGAUCCGGCAUCUACCGGUACCGGAAGUCUGCUUAGACCGUUCACGCCGCAGAUGAGAGACAACGAGCGGGGCGGCAGGGAAAUCCUGGGCAGCGUGCGGGAGCAGAACGUCGAGGAUAGCAAGCAGGUGACGGAGAUGGUGGGCCGCAUGCUCCAAUGCAUGAGUGUGCUGGCCAGCGUCGAUACGGGCAAUAACGUCGCUAGCACCGACGAAGCCAGCAAGAUGGUGGCUGAGCUAGGUCGACUGCUCAAGCUGAACUGGUUGGGCAGAGGCAGAACAGGUAGGAACCGGAGGGGCAUGGUCGGCGGAAGGGUUAAGAGGCAGGAAAAUAACAACUCUAUCAGUCACGGCAUUUUAAGGGAAGGAAUACGCGAAGGUGUCGAGGUCGUCUGAUUUCAUGUUGCCGGGCAAGACAGGUACGCAUAUGAUAAUGACAUAUUGAAGGGUUUAUGUUAGGUGGUUACGAGAUUAGUGAAGUCGGUACAUCGGUUUCACGGGAUUGGUCACGAAAAGAGGCUUGGUCCGGAGUGAUUGAACUGUUUCUAUUUGAUGUAGUCUAUCUAGGAAAUACCCACGGCUGGUACAAGUAUGCCAUACGCCAGCACAGCCAAUGUCAUCGCACUACUCAGUAUUUAAAGGUUUUCACUUAACGCAACUGAUUGUAGUAUCUAGGUAAAUCUGGUCAGCCAACAGUUCAAUUAAACAUCGGCAAAAUUCAGUGGAAAUAGGCGUUUCUCAGACAUCCAAGGGAAGGACAUUAUACCCUCAUCUGCUUCAGAAAAGGCUCUGAUCGAAG